AAAAAACAAAUCGACUGGUACCGGUAAAUAAAAGAAUAUGGCGGAAAAAUAUUAGCAAACAAAACUGAAUAAUCGCUUUACUUUACUUGUUUACUUUAAUUAAUUGCAUUCCGAAUUCAGUUUUAUGUUUGUAAUUAGUGUAAAAUAUAUCCAAAGCAAAGACAUUUUAACUUGUACCUUGUAAUAUAGUCGAUAAACAACCACACACACAAAAAAAAAAAGAUGACAAAAAAUGUCCUCUGCUGAAACUGUCAAACUACGAGGUCCUGGUCGACCCAAAACAAAAGAUAAAGAACCAAAAAAGCAAACAGCACCGACAGCAGCACCUUGUGCAUGGUGUGAUUCCACUGAAUUGCCACUCAUUUACCUUUGGCAAACGCAAAAACAGAAGAAAGAAUUUUGCUCACAGGAAUGCAUCGUGCAGUUCCGUGAAUUUCAUCGCAAAGGCAUUUGCAUGCAAUGCGACAACAUUAUUGCGCCAGGAUCACAAAACAAAGAAUUCUGUUCGACCGCUUGUAUGGCAAAGAGUCAACGUGUGAACAAUGUGGCAACGGGAGCAAGACCAGCCGGACAAAAUAACAAUAACGACAGCAUCAACAACAAUAACAGUCCGAGAGAUGCGCGCCAUAGUCCGGUGACGGCCGUGUCAGCCAGAUCAUUUCAAUAUGAGAGCUUCAAUGUAUUCAAUUGGGACGACUAUUUGAAGGAAACAGAUAGCUUACCAGCACCGAGUAAUUGCUUCAAGCAAGCAGUCAAUCCACCGCUGAAUGAAUUCAAAAUCGGAAUGAAAUUGGAAGCAUUAGAUCCGAGAAAUGUGACGUCCACAUGCAUCGGAACGGUGGUUGGUGUGCUGGGCUCACGGCUAAAGCUCCGGCUGGACGGAAGUGACAACACGAACGAUUUUUGGCGUUUGGUCGAUUCGAACGAAAUUCAUCCGUACGGUCACUGUCAAAAGAACGGUGAAAUGUUACAGCCACCGCUCGGAUUUCGGAUGAAUGCCAGUAGCUGGCCCACGUAUUUGACGAAAAUACUCAAUGGCGCGAAUCUGGCACCAGAAAAUAUUUUCCAACCGGAACCUCCUACACCGAAAACCAAUUUAUUUGAAGUGGGUCAAAAACUCGAGGCUGUUGAUAAGAAGAAUCCCCACCUGAUCUGUUGUGCAACGGUUGCUGCUAUAAAAGAUGAUCAAAUUCACGUUACAUUCGAUGGAUGGCGGGGCGCGUUUGACUAUUGGACCAGAUACGAUUCCCGUGACAUUUUCCCAGUCGGAUGGUGUACGCGAAGUUGUCAUCCGAUGCAACCGCCCGGACAAAAACACAAAAUGGAACCACAUACCAACAAGAACAAGCACUCCAGAUCGUACAGCAAUCAUUCGGAGGCCGAUGCAAUGAUUCCAGCGUCACCGGUCACGGUGCAUUUCCAUACUGGUUGUAAAGGUGGACCGUUCAUAAGUAGCUCCAGAUUACCAUCUAUGGUAACGGCACCCACUUUGCGAACGCUCGCAAAAUUAUGUCUUCAAGAGAUCUUAGCGGCCAGCACGGACACAUCACAGAUACAACAUUUGUUGUUCGGUCUGACUGGAGAUACAUCGAUAGUGACAGCGGCCGGUAAAAAUUUUACGGUCAAAAUUCCGAGCAAUUUACAGGACAACGAGAAUGCCGGAAUGGCUGAAUUUCUCAAGACGUUAUGCACAUCAUGCCGUGCAUGCCAAAAUCUCAUCACCUUAGAUCCCGGACCGGAGCAGUGCACCGAUUGCGAAACACAAACUACAAAACGAACGAUGAAAAUGAACGACACCGUUUCGUCACCACCAAGUCCGAAACGUGAGAGGCCGAGUCAAUCCACUCCCGACACAAAUGAAACACCGAAACCGGCAUCAUCAAAUGGUACAAAUUGGUCACCUGAAUGUGUUAGAAUACCAACAGGACCACCGGCUGAAUGGGGCAUUGAAGAAGUUAUACAGUACAUAACAGCCACUGACCCAGCGCUGAAGGUUUACGCAGAUCUGUUCCGCUCACAUGAAAUCGACGGCAGAGCCUUUCUGCUGCUGAACUCGGACAUGAUGAUGAAAUAUAUGGCACUGAAGUUGGGCCCAGCCUUAAAAAUAUGCAAUCUUGUUAGUCGUGUGAGGGGUCGGCGACAUAUGCCGUUGUAAUUACCGUAGAUCUAUCUAAGCAAAAGUCUAUAGAAAUGUGCAAAAUAUAUUUAACGAUUGAGAAUUGGUGUGCGUUUGAAGUUGUCCCAUCGUCGAUUGUUCGGACAGAGACAGAACACACAGUAGAAUGUCGCACUUUCAUUUCUAUAUUCACUGCAUUCAGUAUAUGCGGGCACGACCAUUUUCGCUCACAUCCAAUUCUUAAUCCAAAAUUUGAAUUGCAUCCAAUGUAAAAUGCAAGCAUCAUGAUGAAUAACAAAAUGAAUUACAAAAA